AUGCGAUUCUCUUCCGCUCUUGCUCUAGGCCUGGCUUGCCUUGCUAACAUUGGUGAUGUCUUUGCAAGACCCACCCCCGAUUCGCGCCCUCCACCAAGUGGCGGGUAUAAGACUGUUGGAUACUAUGGAGACUGGGACGUCUAUAAACGCAACUUCCACCCAAAGGAUUUAGUUGGAGACCAGUGGACUCAUAUUCUUUACUCCUUUGCCGCCAUCUCCCCUGAGGGUGAAGUCUCCUUUAAAGAUACUAGCAACACCCAGAAGAUCUAUGAGGGAGAUAAUCAGAGUCUUCAAGGCAACAACCUUUUUGGUUCCCUUAAGCAGAUGUACUUGAUGAAACAGAAGAACCGCCAGAUGAAGACCCUUAUCUCUAUCGGAGGAUGGACCUACAAGGAUGCGUUUAGUGGACCUGCCAGUACUGAUACUGGGCGUCAGACUUUCGCUAAGUCAUCUGUUAAGAUGCUUGCAGAUUAUGGUUUUGACGGAAUUGAUAUUGAUUGGGAGUACCCUACAAACGAGAAGGAGGCUGGAGACUUUGUUUUGCUCCUUGCUGAAGUUAGAAAAGCACUGGAUGAAUACUCCAAAUCAAUUGGCGACGGAUAUAAGUAUCUGCUCACUGUGGCCUCCCCAGCCGGUGCCUCGCACUACAAUAUCAUGAAGCUCGGUGAAAUGGAUAAACAUCUUGACUUCUGGAACUUGAUGGCCUAUGAUUACUCUGGUAAAUGGGACCAAACCUCCGGACACAGUGCUAAUAUCUUCUCCUCUACUACCGAUAAAACAUCUACCAAGUUCAAUACCCAGGAUGCCCUCCUUGCUUAUUAUGCUGCCGGUAUCAAGCCUGAGAAGAUAGUUCUUGGUAUGCCUCUUUACGGCCGUUCUUUUACCGGCACUGAGAACAAGCCAGGUGCUUCAUUUAGCGGCGUGGGUGAAGGCAGCUUCGAGGAUGGUGUAUGGAACUACAAGGACCUUCCACAGCCGGGCGCCACAGUCGUUGAAUGUGAGCAGGAAGUUGCUAGCUACAGCUAUGACCCAGCCAAGAAGCUCUUUAUUAGCUAUGAUACUCCCAAGAUUGCUGGCAUGAAGGCCAACUAUCUCCGCCAAAUGGGACUCGGCGGCACUAUGUGGUGGGAAGCCAGUGGUGAUAAGCCAAAGGGCGAGGGCAGCCUUGUUGAAACCGUUAUCGAGCGCCUUGGAGGCCGCGAGACCAUGGACAAGAGCGAGAACCAGCUCAGCUACCCACAAUCGCAAUACGACAACAUCAAAAACCAAAUGAAAAUGUAA